AGCCGCCACUCCGGGUUUAUUUGUUUACAAGCGGAUUACGUCAGCUCCUCCCUCUCUUCCCUAUCUCUGGACCCGCCUCCUGGACUCUUUUCCCGCCCCUUUCGGCUCCGAACCGUCUUGCGUCACAAUGGUGCGAUAUUCGGAUUGGCUGGAGUCGGCCAUCACGCUCCAGCUACGCCACUUCCUUUUCGUGGCACUAUAAAGGGUGCUGCACGGCGCUUGCAUCUCUUCGCCCCUCGGAGCUGGAAAUGCAGCUUUUGAGAUCUUCGAAUGCUGCGGAGCUGGAGGCGGAGGCGGCUGGGGAGGUCCGAGCGAUGUGACCAGGCCGCCAUCGCUCGUCUCUUCCUCUCUCCUGCCGCCUCCUGUCUCGAAAAUAACUUUUUUAGUCUAAAGAAAGAAAGAAAAAAGUAGUCGUCCGCCCCUCACGCCCUCUCUUCCUCUCAGCCUUCCGCCCGGUGAGGAAGCCCGGGGUGGCUGCUCCGCCGUCGGGGCCGCGCCGCCGAGCCCCGGCCGCCCCGGGCCGCCCCCGCACGCCGCCCCCAUGCAUCCCUUCUACACCCGGGCCGCCACCAUGAUAGGCGAGAUCGCCGCCGCCGUGUCCUUCAUCUCCAAGUUUCUCCGCACCAAGGGGCUCACGAGCGAGCGACAGCUGCAGACCUUCAGCCAGAGCCUGCAGGAGCUGCUGGCAGAACAUUAUAAACAUCACUGGUUCCCAGAAAAGCCAUGCAAGGGAUCGGGUUACCGUUGUAUUCGCAUCAACCAUAAAAUGGAUCCUCUGAUUGGACAGGCAGCACAGCGGAUUGGACUGAGCAGUCAGGAGCUGUUCAGGCUUCUCCCAAGUGAACUCACACUCUGGGUUGACCCCUAUGAAGUGUCCUACAGAAUUGGAGAGGAUGGCUCCAUCUGUGUGCUGUAUGAAGCCUCACCAGCAGGAGGUAGCACUCAAAACAGCACCAACGUGCAAAUGGUAGACAGCCGAAUCAGCUGUAAGGAGGAACUUCUCUUGGGCAGAACGAGCCCUUCCAAAAACUACAAUAUGAUGACUGUAUCAGGUUAAGAUAUAGUCUGUGGAUGGAUCAUCUGAUGAUGAUGGAUAAAUUUGAUUUUUGCUUUGGGUGGGCUCCUCUUGGGGAUGGAUUAUGGAAUUUAAACCAUGUCACAGCUGUGAAGAUCUGGCACAAGAUAGAAUGGUAAAAAAAAAAAAAAAAUUUUUAAGUGACAGUGCCAUAGUUUGGACAGUACCUUUCAAUGAUUAAUUUUAAUAGCCUGUGAGUCCAAGUAAAUGAUCACUUUAUUUGCUAGGGAGGGAAGUCCUAGGGUGGUUUCAGUUUCUCCCAGACAUACCUAAAUUUUUACAUCAAUCCCUUUAAAGAAAAUCUGUAUUUCAAAGAAUCUUUCUCUGCAGUAAAUCUCGCAGGGGAAUUUGCACUAUUACACUUGAAAGUUGUUAUUGUUAACCUUUUCGGCAGCUUUUAAUAGGAAAGUUAAACGUUUUAAACAUGGUAGUACUGGAAAUUUUACGGCAAGACUUUUACCUAGCACUUAAAUAUGUAUAAAUGUACAUAAAGACAAACUAGUAAGCGUGACCUGGGGAAAUGGUCAGACCUUGUAUUGUGUUUUUGGCCUUGAAAGUAGCAAGUGACCAGAAUCUGCCAUGGCAACAGGCUUUAAAAAAGACCCUUAAAAAGACACUGUCUCAACUGUGGUGUUAGCACCAGCCAGCUCUCUGUACAUUUGCUAGCUUGUAGUUUUCUAAGACUGAGUAAACUUCUUAUUUUUAGAAAGUGGAGGUCUGGUUUGUAACUUUCCUUGUACUUAAUUGGGUAAAAGUCUUUUCCACAAACCACCAUCUAUUUUGUGAACUUUGUUAGUCAUCUUUUAUUUGGUAAAUUAUGAACUGGUGUAAAUUUGUACAGUUCAUGUAUAUUGAUUGUGGCAAAGUUGUACAGAUUUCUAUAUUUUGGAUGAGAAAUUUUUCUUCUCUCUAUAAUAAAUUGUUUCUUAUCUUGGCAUUUUAA